AUGGAUAGACCAAGAUUUGCUCAGCAUAAGUUUGAAGUUGAAGAGUAUGAACAGAUUUCGAUUUUUUUAAGCUAUGAAUUACAAAAAGGAAUAUUGGUAUGUGAUUUAUGUCAGAACUAUGUCAAUUCAAAUAAAACAUUCAAAUAAUUUUUUUGA